UUUUGACGUCAGAUAAUGAUGGCCUUGACAGUCGACCACAGGUAUACUAUGUAGACAGGUGAAAAAGAUGAUUCUUUUGUCACUUUCUGAAUAUAAUAUGUUACCUGACAACAAAAGAUAAAUGGUUCAUAUGAUGUUGAGAUGACAUGCACACUGGAAUAAACAGCAUGCCCUUGACACAGAUUGCUGUGCACCCUUCAGACAAUGUACCCCCAUCAGGGAAACAGACCAAAAAGCCUCAGCCUACACCAACAAAAAAGAAAGAUUCCACCAAGGAAACCCACCAUCUGAAUUCUCCCACUCCCAAAAUCUCAGAUCGAUGUGAGACAAGCCUUUCCAUGCUGUCGUCGGGGCAGGACUGUUGCCGCAUUUGUCAGUGUGAGGUGUGUGAGAUAGAUGAAGACUCCCCACUCAUUGCACCCUGCCUCUGUGAUGGCAGCAUGAAGUUUGUUCACCAGGAAUGUCUACAGAAGUGGAUCAAAAGCUCUGAUAAGGAGUGCUGCGAACUCUGCAAAUAUGAGUACAAGAUGACUUCAAAGGUCAAACCAUUCAGAAAGUGGGAAAGACUACAGAUGUCUGCUGUAGAGAGACGCAAGAUCACCUGUUCUGUGACAUUCCAUGUGAUAGCCAUAACCUGUGUGAUCUGGUCAUUGUAUGUCCUGAUAGACAGAACAACAGAAGAAGUAGAACAGGGUGCUUUAGAUUGGCCCUUCUGGACCAAACUUAUUGUAGUGGCCAUUGGUUUCACUGGAGGUCUGGUUUUCAUGUAUGUUCAGUGCAAAAUGUAUGUGAGACUCUGUCGUAGAUGGAAAGCAUACAACCGAAUGAUCACAGUUGAAAAUGUCCCAGAUGAAGUAAGAAUCAAAGCCAUUGCUACCUACACAUCGCCAGAGAAGGCAAAGAUAGCGGAGGAAGAACGAGAGGGUGGCAUUAUUAACGAGAGUCUGACCACAGAUUCAGAACUGUUGUAGUGUCCCUUGUCAUCCAAUAACAUUUGAUGAACUGAUUUAAUUAGAUUGUGUUUCUUAGUUUCUCUCUUAUCCACUUUUGUUAAACAUUCCACUUAAAAGCAUAUAUACACUGUACUGUAAUCUCAUGCAAAAGGUAGAUACUGCACCCCCCAUACAUCUGUAGUUUGAUGCCUUGAAAUUUGAUUGGUUUAUUUGUUAAUCAGGACAUAAGUAAAUAUUAAUAGACGUCUAAACAUUCUUUUUAAUUUCUGCAAAUACACUGUAUACCUUGACUCAUGAAGUUUAAUUUUUAGGACGUAAUGCGUUGGUAUUUUAUGUAUAUUUUAUCAAUUACAAACUUUUUGUCAAACGUAACAAUUAUAUAUACAAAACAAAUGUGAUAAUUUAGUGCUUGUAAUUUUUUUAAUACAAGAAGAAGAAAUAGUAUCAGAUACUUUACAAUUCCUAUUUAAGUGAUUAGCCAUGACGAGGUGUUUUUGUUUACAUAUCAUACAGAGAUGAUUUUUCUCAUGUGAUUUGUGCUUUUCAUUUAAAACAUAUCAGAAUGUUUUUCUUUGCAUGCUUACUCUGUGCCAAAUGUUUUGAAUGUAGAAAAGUCAUACUCAUUGUUUGAUGUUUUUGUGUGAAGUUUUACGUAAUUUAGUUAUUGUCUUAAUUUUAUGUUAUACUAGAAACAGUAAUUUAUUGUAAACUCUAAAUUAUUUGUUGUUAAACUUAUUUUCAGCUUAUGUUUUUCUGAUCAUUAUUUGUCCAAUGUCUGGAUAUUUUUCCACAUUUUCUAAAGAACCACUUUUUCAGCCUAGUAACCCAACUUGCUACAAAGCAAUCUCUCAGAAUGAGGGAUUUAAUUUGUCAAAGUAAAACACCAUACCUUUUUUUUUCAAUGGUGGAUUAUUAAAAUAUAAUAUUAUUUAAGUAGAAUGAGAAAUUUGAAAUCUUUUAAAGAAAUACUCUGUCAGAAAAGACAAAAUAUUUGAAAGGUUUUCUAUAUAGGUCUAAAAUAGAUUCAGAUUUCAUUAAAUCAUGUUUUGAAUGGGGCCACAGUAAGAAUUAAGAUUUACAUGGUAAUUUGUAGGAAAAAAUCUUAAUAACUGGACCAACAAAUAAAUCAAGUUUGUCAUAUCAGAUUUAUACCUUGGCAUCUUCAUGUUGUGUAUAUUUAACUUUUUUCAUAUGAAUGUGCCUGUGGCUAAUGUGAGACCAUAAGAACAGCUGGCUACAAAUUGUCUAGUCAUUAUUAGAGGUUUUAAAGUUAUACAUUAGAAAUUAUGGCAAAAAAUCAUUUAAAAUAUAAAGAACAAGUAAGGUUCAGGUACAUUGUAUAUGCAGGCCUUUCAAAAUCUGCUGGUAUCCGGUACUUUUAUCUGGCUGAAAUCAUGAUUGUACCACCAAAAUAUUUGAUGGAGAAAAUUUGAUAACAUAUUUAUUUAAAAUUGUUUCCACAAGAUACAUGUACCUCCUAUUUCUGUAAACAUACCACCUGUUUUUAAUCUUUUUGAAAGCUCUGUGGAUGUCCAUGUUGUUGAAGUCAAGGCUAGGAUAGUGGCUAUAAACCUGACUUGGGUGGGCCUUGUGGCCCAUUUCUCUCUUUAUUGUUAGAUGUAAAAUGUUAAAAAUAUGUUUGUGUAUGUACUUGUUCUCUACAUUUGCUGGAUAAUUGUAAGUGAAUUUAUGCAAAGUUUACUUACUAAUAAAUGAGUAGGGAAUGAGUAUAAUGAAGAAAAGUUUGCAUGUACUUUUUUUAAAUUCAUUUAUCAGUACAAAUAUUUCAUGAAUUUUAAAGUUGAAUUUGGUGCUAAAAACCAUGAUCAUUUUCUUAAUCAAGAAAGCAUGCAUCUGUUUGUAUUUCCUUCUUUCAUCAUUAAUGAUUAUAAAGGAUAGUAAUGACAUUUUUGUUAUCAUCUAAGUCCCAUUUUGUACAACUUGAUCUUCAUAAAGUACAGUGUAUAAUAUUGUUUUCUUUAUAUUUAAACCACCUGCUAGUCCUGGACAGACUUCUAUAGUAUAUCCUGUCUGAUUCUGAGUGAUUAAAUCCAUGGUGUAGUCUUUGUGUCUACAGACUAACGGAGUUCUUUACAAUAUAGAUUUUUUGUCCCUUUUUUAAUAUGUAAAAAAAUAUGCUUAUUUCAGUUUAUAUAUGGAUUAGUUGAAACAUGUUUUAUGCGUAUGACAUCCCAUCACAAGGUUAAAAAAUGUGUAUAAUUUGCUUCGAAAUAAAAAUAUUUCCCAUUUUAGAAAUCCAAACUAAGAUGUGCUUUUUCAGUGAUGGUUUCUUAACUAUUACUAAGCACGAUUAAUAUACAGAUGUUGGCAUCUUUUGUUUAUCACAAAUUUAUUUUGAAUGGCAUUUUUAUUUUUCACAUGCAAAUGUCCUUUUCAAUGAGGAAAUGUAUUUGUAGAGUUAGAGUAACAAAUUAGCCAUAUCCUGAUUGUUAUUUAUUUACAACAUUGAUAUAUCCUUCACUGUUCCCUGAAAAACAAAAACUUUAUUGGAUAUUGUAUUUUUUAAAGAUGAAAAAUAUGUUUACAGAGUGUGACUAUUAAACUACAUUGUGACAGCUGUGAAAACUAUGUAUAGUAAUUGUAAUCUUAUGUAUUUCUACAAUGGAUAAAAUGGUUAGAUGUAUCAAUGACAUUUGAUAUAUUAAAUGGUCUGAUUACAGUGUGAUUUCAUCAAAUGCAUGUAAAAGUAGUGAAAAAUGAGAGAAGGUUGUUGAUAUUGUUUGUAAUUAAGUUAUGAUUAAAUACAUGAAAUUCA